AACUGACCAACAUGGCGUCUUGCACUGCAGCUAAAAGACGAGCAUCUCGGAAAAAAACGGCAGUUAAUGUCGUGCAAACAGCCCCAAUAUGUAAACUUCCAGCCAAUAUUAUGUUGCAUGUUUUUAAAUUUCUUGAUAUAAAAACUCUGUGUUCGUCAUCCACUGUUUGUCGCUUGUGGUAUCACCUUGUUUGUGAUCGAACCUUGUGGAAGAUAGUUGAUCUUCGUUCAUGGCCGCUUUCCCUAAGGACUUUGUGGAAAAUCGUCAGGAAUCGAUUGUCAGAUUCAGUUGUGGAGCUUCUAAUAAAAGGAUUUAUCGGAACGACGAAAAAGAAUGAAAACAUUUCGCCCUCUUUGCUUGAAGAGAUCAAGACAAAAUGUCCUAGUCUCGAGACUCUUGGUUUAUGUUAUUGUGAUAUGAGAAACGUUCCUGCUCAGUGUUUACCAAGGAACCUAAAGAGUCUUCUCCUGGACCAUUCCAUCGUACCUCUUGGCUGGUUUGAAGGAUUAAAAUGUGAGCAGUUUUUUCCUAAUCUCUUGGAACUUAAUUUAACAUAUUGCACUCGAGUUGAGAACUCUGAUCUACAAAGUAUAAAGAAGUUGAAAACAUUAGAACGUUUGAAUCUCAGUUACUGCUAUCGUGUUGGAGAUGAAGGUAUACAGCACAUUGCUAAAAAUCUAACUAACCUAACAGAGCUUAAUCUGUCAAAUUGUCCCAAAGUGACAGAUUUAGGACUACACCACAUUGGGCGUCAUUUGACAAUACUAAAGAACUUGAAUUUGUUGUCUGAUUGGAGGAUCACAGAUGCGGGAAUUCUUUCCCUUGUGCACAGUCUGGUAAAUUUGGAAUAUUUGAAUCUAUCAUCGUGUAAGGAAAUAACAAGUGUUAGUCUUUUUGAAAUUACUGAAAAAUGUAAAAAGCUGAAGGUUUUGGAUUUGACAGGUUGUUGUGCUAUUUCGGAAAAGGAUUUGAAGGAUGCACGAAUCAUUUUAUCAAACUGUGUCAUCCAGUGGACUUGACAGGUUUGUGUGAAUUAUUCCUGAAAAUUUAACUACAAGGUGUUCUUCCACUGUUUUUACCAGGUGGUCUUGUUCACAGGAUGGAAAGUUUGUACAUUUAAAUUAUGUCAAGCAAAUACAUGUACGUAAGUAGAGAAUAACAUCAGUAUAAAUUAAUCACUACAAAGAGCGGGGAAGCUUCGUUUGUGCCUGAUCAACAACAAAAAAACUGAUAAAUUGGUGCAGAUUUUAGCUGAGAAAUACAUAUUUACCCAAUGACAAGUCAUGCAAGAUUUCGCUGUAGUGGUAAUUUGCAUGCAACUUACCUUCUGAGACAUUCAAUAAAUCAUAGGAACUAACUCCGUCUCAUGCAUUAGAUUUUGAUGUAAGUGGCCAAAACUUGGAAAUGAAAACUAUGGAAUUUAUAAUACAGAUAAGGAAAUUAGAGAAAAGUAAUAGUUACCUUUUCUGAUUUACACCUCAUUCUUCAAUAUGGUCUUGUUAUCUCCCACAAGAUCUUGUUGCAAUAAAUGCAAUACAUGACCAUCAAGGUUUUUUUUUAAAAUUAGAAAAUGAGUAAGUGGGUUGUUGUUCAAGCCAAACAUUUAGUAGAAUGGGAAUAAUAGAAUGGGAAAAUAACUUGACUGUAUGUUUGUUUAAAUGAAAAGGUUCUGUAAGAGUAGGGUUUUCUUUAAAACUAAUUUAAUAGCUGUAGGUUUCUCACUGUAAACAUGUCACUGAACUUUUUGUUGAAACUGAGUUAAUUACUUUGUAGUUUGUGUGAGAUGUGUUAAUUGCCCUUAGUCAAUAGUUUGGAAAUUCUUGGAGUUAACCCUUUAACUCCCAGAUCACAUUUGUAAUUCUCCUUACUGUCAACCAUACAAUUCUUAUGAUGUUAGUUCAGAGAAUUUAGUAUUGGAUAAACUGAUUAUCCCCAAAUUGAUAUUUUUCUUUAUUCUCAACACUUAUCUGGUUGAUAUUGUAUUGAUAUUGUAAGGAGAAAUUCUGUCUAGGUCACAUGGGAGUUAAAGGCUUAAUUGGUACUCCUCAGUUUUUUGUGUAAAUGUUGUAAAUGAAGACAUGUUUUAUGCA